AAGAAUCUCUCUUGUGUAGAACAUUGACUUCAGACACCAUAAAGAGGCAAGCGUACGCCCAGCUUGGGGAGUUUUACAACUGCUCAGUCAUUUACUUCCUGAAAGAUAUUGAAGGAGAAGAAGCAGUCUCUUUUCUCUCCCACAGACACAAAUUAUGGACUCAACUACGGAGCAGGUGGCCCAAAACGGGACCCCCGUCUUCUUGGACUCAGAGUUCCGAUAUGUCGCCUUCCCAGUCGUCUAUAGCAUCAUCUUCAUCCUGGGGAUCAUCGCUAACCUCUACGUGUUGUUCGUCCUGCGCUGCCUCCGAGAAUCCAAGGCCAUGGGAGAAAUCCGCAUCUACAUGACAAACUUGACCAUCGCUGACCUCCUUUUCGUGUGUGCCCUUCCCUUCUGGAUUGACUAUUACAGACGGCGCGGCCACUGGAUUUACACGGACUUCAUGUGCCGGGUGACUGGCACGUUGUUCUUCAUCAACACGUACUGCUCCAUCCUUUUCCUCGGCGCCAUCAGCAUCAACCGCUACUGGGCGGUAUCGCGGCCUCUGGAUGUGGCCACCUCAGACCACAGAAGUCGGGGGAUCAUCGUGUCCGUGGUCAUCUGGCUUUUGACCCUUGCGAUUUCUAUUACAUUCCUUGUAUAUCCAGGGACCAAUACUGAUGAUAACAAUGUCACCCGCUGUUUUGAGGGUUACCAUAACAACACUGAUUCAGGGAAGAGAGUAGUUUUUGCCUUUAACCUUGCAAUAGUUGCAGGUUUUUUUCUUGUCUUUUUUGUGGUCGUGGUGUGUAAUUUCCUUAUUGCCCAAGUGUUGCUUUCCAAAAGUCCUCUUCAGAGCUCAAAAGUCCGGUCUGCAACGGUCACGUCAAGAAAGUCUCAACGGGCGGUGUCCUUCUCAUCCAAAAAGCCCAAGGGAGUGAAACGGAGAGCUUUGCAGAUGUUGCUUUCAGUGGUGGGAGUGUUUGUUGUGUGUUUCCUGCCUCAUCAUGUUGUUCAAUGCUUCUGGACACUGGCGGUGUUGCAGAUAGAAACGGACUAUGGCCACGUGGACUGGACCCCGAACACCCGUCAGGCGCUCAACGACGCACAUCAGAUCACUCUGAUUCUAAUGAGCCUGAACUGCAUUUUGGAUCCUGUGGUUUAUUUUUUUGCCACUAAGAAGUUCAAAGGGUUCAUCGUGGCACACAUAAAAAAAAUAGCGAAGGGAGAAGGCUGCUCGAGGACGCUCACCACCGAGAUGUCUGUGCACAGCCAAAGACUGCAGAGUGAGCACCAGGAGCCGGAAAAAAAUUGAUUUAUGCAGAUUUGAUACUUGUACAAAAGUGUGAUCAUUUGUUUCUUUUGUUUAAAAGAGAUCACAUUUUCUUGCCCCUCCAGAACUACAGGCUGUUCCUGUAUUAAUGUAUUGCAGUGUCAUUCUCAAGAAUUUCACAGUUUAUUUCCACACACAGCAUCUGCAAGCUGAUUUGUAUCAGCCACCAUGCCUUCCACUUGUGAGGUUCAGGCUGAACAGAAGUCGUUUAGUAGGAAAAUAACCACGUACAGAUCCUAAUCAUCUCUUUUUUAGUGAGAGUUGAAGAGUUCUCACCGUAGAUUACACACACACACACACACACACACACACACACACACACACACACAUUUCAGUUUAGUGGGCGUGAUGGUCUCACAUCAGACAUGAGUAGAAAAUGUGAAAUUCUUGUCCCUCAUCAAAGCAAUGACAGUUUGUGUUGCUCUUUACUGACGGGUUAUUUCUUGUGUUGCGAAACCAUGGAACAGAAGCAAUAGCGCCUGAGCUACGUUUCCCCUCUGGCAUCCAGUGGUGGUAAAUUCUGUAUUUUAUAUAAGAGUAAAAAUCCCAUGAGUCAGAAUGACAACACUUUCUGUUCUCCACCGUUCUACUCUAUUAUGCCCUAUUCUUACUGCCAGUGAGUUAUGAGGUAUUUUGUAUUAAUUUGUAUGUAUGAAACGUGUUUUUAAUAUAAUUAAACAUUAAAAAAAUGUACUUUCUAAAUUUUACUUUAAUUUUAUUUUAUUCAUAUGAUACAAGUAAAAUAAAAAGACUGUGUCUUACACAUCAACAAACCGAGAGAUCUCUCAGUAUCUCAGGUACAUGCUUCAUGAGACGCACAGAACUGUAGCAAAUAACAGGUUUUAUCAAAAUUGUAGAAAUAAAGUAAAGGAAUGUCCCAUUGGUGUUUUGUUGCAAUAGUGCAAUAUGUUUACCACAUUCAGUAUGUGUCAAAUCAAGCUACUAAAAGAAAACAUACAAUAAACCUCAUUACUCAGGUUGAUGGUCAUGCUGAACUUUCUCUGCAAAUAUUCAACAGCUGAACAAAAUGCUCAGAUCUCCACCUUCACAUCCACGCU